CGGUGGUGGCGACAGUGAGCGAGCAAAUCAACCCCAGGCCGCAAAAAUUUAUGGCUGUUUUCUCCAACAACCCCAGGACCUUCAGAGUUCUAUAAAAGCCAGCUUCACCCCCACAUUCUCGACCUCAUUCUUCUUCUCUCCCUCCUUUGAAUCCAGAUCCUUGCUGAGUUCGCCAUGGAGUUCAAGCUGACAAGCACCGCCACCGAGGUGCUUGACAAGGCUGCCGCUCUCGCGGCCGCCGGCCUAGGCUUGGAAGGAGAAGCUCUCGGUGCUUGGGGGACCGAGGAGAAGGCGACGGCGAUCCGGCGCUGGGCCAAGAAGCUUCUGGAGAUGGAGAAGGCUGCUGCCUCAGUCGCUCCUGAGGUAGCUGGAUCGGUUCCUCAGGCAGAGGAGAUCGGACCGGACGUCAAUCACGUCGGCGACGUGAAACGCGACGGCGGGGAUCAGUCCAUCUCCCCGGCCGUGCAAGAUUCAGCGGUUAACUAGGAUAGGCAUGCAAUCGCGAAUUGUGCCGUCCUAGAUUUAUCACAGCUCUUUUACUUUUCUUCAAUUCCAGAAAUCCAGUAUCGUUUAAUUUUCUUCAAUUGUAGCGCAACUAUCGUUUACUAUCGUUUUGUAUCGUGGAUUCGAUGAAGAUCCACCAGGAAAUUUGUCUGAAGUUCUGCUAGCAGUGUUACUCCCGUUCUUAAUUAGAUGUUAAUUAGCAUCAUAAAUGCCUUCUUUUUUAAUUCGUUAGAUCGAUGCAUCACAUCCAGACCUAACUUCA